ACUGAAUGAUUUCUCCUCCAAACCCACCACAGUUAAGGCUGUCACUUUAAAAGGAAGGCCCACUCAAAUUUCACAAUUUCAUUUCCCUCUCUCCCUCUCUCUCUCUCUCUCUCUUCAGUUUGGAAGUUUCCACAGAUGGGAAAAAAUUUCCAUCUUCAACUUCUCUCUUACAUAUUUUGCCAGCUGCCAAGAGAACCUGAAAAAUUCAACGGAGACCUGCUCUAGUUUCACGGCUGGUGGCAUUUUCGGGCGAAAAAUGAGUAGGUUUGGGCUGCUUCUGUGCAUCUUACUGCUACUUCUCUGGGCGGCUUUGGCUUCUGCUAAGGGAUCAAGGAACAGAAGCAGUGUGUGGCAGACGCUAGACGGAAAUGCACCCUUAGUUGUAGCUCGUGGUGGCUUUUCAGGGGUAUUUCCUGAUUCCAGUGACUUUGCCUACAACCUUACCAGAGUGCUUGGCUUGCCCAAUGUGGUCUACUGGUGUGAUGUACAACUGACAAAAGAUGGAGCUGGCAUUUGCUUUCCAGAUCUCAGGCUUGAGAAUGGCUCUACCGUUGGUUCAUUACCCGGUCAGGAAAACAAGCACAACACCUACCUUGUUGAUGGUGCAUCUAUGCAAGGCUGGUUCAUUGUUGAUUUCACUCUCGAUGAUCUGUGGAAUAUCACUUUAAAACAGGGAGUUUAUUCCCGGUCCAAUAAAUUUGACAGAUUAUCCCUCCCAAUUCUUACUGUUCAAGAUUUGACUAGCCAGCAGUUCAGCGCACCAGGACUAUGGUUGAAUAUCCAGCAUGAUGCAUUCUUCAGGCAGCGAAACUUGAGCAUGAGAAGCUUUGUAAUUUCUGUAUUUAGAAGUGCUAUAGUUGAUUACGUAUCUUCGCCAGAGGUGAACUUCCUCAGGAGUAUAUUGGCUCGGAAACCAAGCAGAACAAAACUAGUCUUCAGGUUUCUGGGACAGGAUGAAGUCGAGCCUUCAAUCAACCAGACUUACGGUUCUCUAUCACGUAACCUUGCGACUAUCAAGGCAUUUGCCUCUGGGAUUCUAGUUCCCAAGUCUUAUAUAUGGCCUGUCGACGAAAAUCUAUAUUUACAGCCUCAUACCUCUCUUGUCCUUGAUGCUCAUGCUGAAGGUCUGGAAGUCUUUGCAUCAGAUUUUGCAAACGAUGUUCCUUUUGCCUAUAACUUCAGUUAUGAUCCUGUAGCUGAGUAUCUUUCUUUUAUUGACAACGGAGAAUUCUCUGUCGAUGGUGUGAUUUCUGAUUUCGCAAUUACUCCAACAGAGGCCAUAUCAUGUUUCUCUCACAUAGACAACAAUGUGUCACGAGACUCCGGAAAAGCAAUUCCUCUGGUCAUAUCAACCAACGGAUCAAGUGGGGACUACCCUGGUUGUACUGAUUUGGCUUAUGAGGGAGCUAUGUCAGACGGUGCAGACAUUCUUGGCUGUCCUGUUCAAAUGUCAAAGGAUGGCAUACCUUUUUGCUUAGGAUCCGUUAAUCUUAUCGAUAGCACAACAGUUGCUCAAUCAGAAUUUAGCAACGUUACAACAGCCAUUCCUGAACUUGGUGUAGUCAAUGGAAUAUUUACCUUCAGCCUAACAUGGAGCCAGAUUCUGAGUUUGACCCCGGCAAUAUCAAAUCCGUAUGCAGACUAUAGAUUGUACCGUAAUCCUAAGUUCAAGAAUGCUGGAAAAUAUAUGGCAUUGCCUGAUUUUCUGCUCCUUGCUAGCAACGCCAGUUCAGUUUCUGGUGUAUUGAUCAUUGUAGAGAAUGCAGCUUAUUUAGCCAAAAACCAGGGUUUAAGUGUAACCGAUGCUGUUCGUGAUGUCUUACAAGAUGCUAUCCUCAAUAAUGUAAAAGUAAUGAUUCAGUCCACAAACAGCUCGGUUCUGAUCAAACUCAAGGAGGAAAGCAAUUAUGAGCUUGUUUACAAGGUGGACGAGGACAUCCGCGAUGCAGAUAACUCUACCAUUAGAGAGAUCAAGAAGUUCGCUGAUUCUGUAGUCAUAAGCAAGGCCUCCGUAUUUCCUAAUGUCGAGAAGUAUCUCACUGGCAGGACAGAUGUUGUGCAAAAGCUACAGGCAUUCGAACUCAAGGUGUACGCAGAAGUUUUUCAAAAUGAGUUUGUGUCUCAGGCCUGGGAUUUCUUCUCGGAUGUGAAUGUGGAAAUCAACAACUUCGUAAUGGGUGGGGGAGUCGAUGGCAUCAUCACAGAAUUUCCUAGAACGGCCGUUCAAUACAGGAGGAACAAAUGUUACUUAGGACUGAGCGAAGAAGAGAUCCCACAAUUCAUGCUACCUGUAUACAGCAAGGGUCUAUGGUCAACCAUGGAUCCUCAGGACCGGCCACCAGCUGAAGCUCCUAAACCGGUCCUGACCAAUGCAGACGUGGUUGACCCACCUCUACCCCCGGUGGUGUCAAAAGCAGCCCCGCCUUCUGAUACAGGGAGUGGGUUUAUACCAUCAGCUCCAACACCAAAACAAAAUGGGCAGCCUAAAGUUGUGGCAUUCAACUUCCCGUCUUAUCUAGCCGCUCUCAUCGCUACUCUUGCCCCAUUCUGACAAAAAAACUUGAGAUCGUUUCGCUUGCCUUUCCCUUUGCCACGCGAGUAGUUGAAAUUUUCUGAUAAUUGGUUGCGCCUAAAGAUGUCUUUAUUUCGAUAUAGACUACUUACGUUCGAUUAUUGUUGCAAUCCUUCUUCGUUCCAGUGUAAUUUCCAAUCGGGGUCAUGUUGAUUUCUCCUUUA